AUGGACGACAACUUGUACUUUGUCAAUGAUCUCGAAGUGUUGCUAUUUCUUUGGCGGAAUUAUGCUCCGAAAUUCGACAAUCGGACUUAUACGAGAGUCGAAGAAAAGGCGGCAAUAGAAAGCGUGGAACAGAAGAUCUCCUACCACUCAGCCUGGAGAAUAGACGAACAUAAAUGCAAGGACGAAUUAUCAGCCUGGAUCGAGAAUAAUGAGAAAGAAGCAACGGCGCCCGUAUUCUCAAAGCUCACAAUUAACUGUGCCGGCGAACGUGAGCGUGGAUGGAUUGAUGAUGCGACUGGGAUCAAAUUCGAUUCAGUUGAGCCUUCAACUGACAAGCUGAUGGAUAAAAAUUAUGCCCAAGAAAUUGAACUGAUUUCGUUGGUGAUAACUACGGCGAUCGAUCAGCAGGAUGUUUGGGGCACCAGCCGGUUGUUAGAACAAAUCGCGCCGCUUACGCUACCUAAAUUGCGAAGGAUGGCUGAAGCCAAGAAGCUAGGUCUUGUCCAGACCCUUUUUGCGUAUACUAUCGAUUCGACGCUCGGUGGCAAAGCCAAUCUGGAUUCAGAAGAAGGAUUUUCCGUUAAAGAAAUGAGUUUUCUGGUUUCACUGGAUCGUGUUGUUGAUGAAGUACAGGAGAAUGCACACAGUAUAACGGAUACUAGACAAGCAGCUCAUGCGAUGCUGAACUCGGCCGCUCAAUUUGUGCAAAAACUCGGCGAACCUAAAUGCUGCCCGAACAGAGUCAAGUCUGCUGCGAAGAUGUUAUGUCAACAAGUGAAUCAACUGCAAAAAAUGCAAACGUAUUUUACGGAGGCCGUUGACAACGAAUACCAGCUGCAUUCGCCUCACAUUGGGCCGACUUACCGAUUGUUGCGCUCAUUAUUGGAUCGCAUUAUGUGUACUGAUGUAAUACCAGUCGGAAAGGCGCAGCUGUCUGACGUAUUUCGGACGCCGAUGUCUGUCAAGCAACCGACCCAAGCGAACACGCCAGUCACAACAAUCGAGAAGCCAAGCGAAUGCACUCCCAAGGCGAUUCCGAGACUCGGACUAUUCUUGAAUAAUUCGACCCCUACUCCAAUCCGCCCUGAGAUAGUGGAACGCCCCGCGCCGGUGCCGGAAUGCGAUGACGAUGACGAGAAUAGCGUGAAUUUUCAAACUCCUAUCAAGAAAACGGAGAAGAGGCUUUCCCUGGAUCAAACGCCUGAAGGACGGCCGGCGAAGGCAAGAAGAAGAAGCUUAGAAGUUAAACCGAAAAAAGCUCAAGUAAAGACCACUACGAUCAAAACAGCGUCUUGGAAAUCGGUAACGUACGUGAUACAAGGCGCUGAGGAUGCUAUCCAUCACAUAGCCGCUGAAGGAGGAUAUUUGGACAACCCGGUGAACAAAACGGGAAUUCAUAAUCAAAGGGUAAACCAAAUCACCGGUAACGUUAUACUGAAAAUCGAAGCCGGAAAAAAGCGUGCUGUCUCUGCUCUGCAAGACACUCCCUCCCCAUUUGAUGUGCACCACAAGAUGAAUGUAAUCAUCUAUUAUUUACAGAAGGACGUUGAGAGCUGCGGUUGGGACUUGGUUGCAGUCUUACGAAAAUACGCCGGUAUCGUGGAUGCAGCCGUCAAAAACUUUGAAAAGCCA